AUGCCAGCUUUCUCUUUCUCUCUCACCACUGAUUUCUUUCAGGAUGUCUCAGCUGAUCUUGUUUUUGCCCUCUCGGUGAACGAAGCUAUUUUUUCUGUCCUCUUAGGAAUCCGGUAUUGGGGUGUGAUUUUGAUUUCCCGUUGUUUUUAUUUUCUUUAUCUUGAUAUUUUUUUCUCUCUCUUCACAGAAGUCGAUGCGUCUAGCGGCAAUCCCAUUUUUGAUGACGUACCUUCCGAUUCAGAAACAAACGAAUCUGACACAGAUGAUUUUGUAUUUGACGAUUGCCCGUUGUCAACUUUUUCUCUGCAAUCGAAUAUCGACAAAAAGUAUUUUACAGUACUGGACAUUGCUCAUAAUACGGGUGAAAAAUUGGAUAAAAUACGGGAGCUUUGCCAGCCGAACAUCUUCACGAUGAAAUUUGACAAGUUUGUCAACGAAACGAAAUCCUUGGCAUGCUUGCAGGCGACAAUGUCGAGAAUCAUAGCUCAAAAGAGCGAUUUCGUUGAACUUAUCGAUGCUGACGAAUACAACAACGCCAUGGCGGUUCUCUCAGGCAGACCUUGUAACGACUCGAAGAAAAUCUUGCCGCUUAAUCAUCCUUCAACCAGUACCAAUUCCAAAAUAGGCACCAACAGCAGCAAAUGCAAAGAUCAGAUUUCCGACAAGGCAUUUAAUGGACAAGAACGUGCGUUGGAUAAGGACAUUCCGCUCAGCCCUUUUUCCAUGUCGGAUGACGAAGCCUCGCACUUAGACGUGGCAAAUUCUGGCUAUUUCGAGGUGUCUCCUGAUUUGUCCACAUAUUCGGCCAAAGAAAACACUACCGUAUCCACUCGAACUGCUAACGUUACGACAACAUUAGCAACCAAAAUCGAAUCUGUUAGUACCGCGGAAAAAUCGCACUCGACCAAAAUAAGUGACGAUUCUGACAAUUACCAGGAAUCUGUGGCCGAAACGUCCGUUCCAACAUUGUCUUUCAAAGACAAAUUUGUUGGCGGACAAACAAGGACUACAAAGAAAAAACGUGUAGCUAUGGACAGCGUAUUUCCAGGGUCUAAGUCGGCCACAGCCACGGUUGCCGGUGCUGCAACGUCUGUGCGUCACAAUGGUCACUUCACGAUAAAAAUGGGUAAUCUGCCCGACGAUUACUAUCAGGCUUUUGGGAUUGACCAAACUGGAGGGGUAAGUGAUCACAGUGGCAAAAGCCCGAGGAAAAUAUCGAAAGACCCACCCCAUUCUUAUACUGAAAAUUUGGACUGUAGUAAGAAAGAUCAGAUUCCGACAGAUUCCUCAGUAGUAAUCGAUCGGUGA